AUUUCAUCUGAUAACAAACCCACAAGAUGAAGUUUGCACCAAGGUGAUUUGACUCUUGACAACUUUACUGGUUGGAUUAUUGUUAAGGUCUGCAUUUAGGAGCAUGGAAAAAGAGAACAAAGAAUUUUACAAUAAGCCUAGUCCGUACAUUACUGCUAACUUGUUCUCCAAGCUUACUUUCAGUUGGACUUUCAAAACAUUCUGGAAGGGCUAUAAAAGAGAUUUGGAUUCCAAUGAUCUUUUUACUCCACUGGAUGAGCAUAGAUCUUCAAAACUGGGUGACUGCAUUGAAAAGCUCUGGAAUAAAAAAUGUGCAGAACAGAGAGGGCACAAACGGAAGCCCAGCCUUUUCCGACUUCUGCUUCGGAUUUUCGGUCUACAAAUCUUCAGUCUUAGUUUUGUCUUAGCUCUCAUGGAGGUAGUGGUCAAGGUAUCACAGCCCUUGUUUUUGGGCGGCCUUAUAGAGUACUUCCGUCAGAACAGUGGGGUUACAAUCUACGAUGCUUAUCUCAGUGCAGCUGGUAUAGUGGUUUGCUCAGCCAUUAACGUGUUGGUGAUCCACCCUUACAUGAUGGGAAUAAUGCAUGUGGGGAUGAAGAUGAGACUUUGUUGCAGCUCCUUAGUAUAUAGAAAGGCUCUACAACUGAGUAAAGUGGCCUUGAAUGAAGCCACUGUUGGAAGAGUAGUCAAUUUGGUGAGCAAUGAUGUUGGUCGACUGGACGGAUGUAUUCUGUUCUUCCCUUACCUCAUCAUCGGUCCUCUACAAACCAUGGCGGUUACAUACUUCUUGUGGGAACAGAUUGGCCUUGCGUCUGUGUUCGGGGUGGCAGCGAUGCUCACAUUCAUACCAAUACAAGUGUGGUUGGGGAAAAAAACAUCCAGUAUUCGUCUGCGUACUGCAGCGCGGACCGACAAAAGAGUAAGACUGAUGAAUGAAAUCAUCAAUGGCAUUCAAGUAAUCAAGAUGUUCACUUGGGAGGACCCGUUUACAAAACUUAUUUCUGAUGCCCGAAGAGCAGAACUAAAAGAGAUCUCCAAAUCUUCAUAUAUCCGAGGUAUUCUGUCAUCAUUUACGAUUUUCCAUAUCCGCAUAGCCAUCUUUGUAAGUCUCCUAGCCUAUGUCUUCAGUGGAAGCUACAUCAAUGCUACAAAGGUGUAUAUUGUCACUUCAUAUUACAAUGUUCUUCAACAUACAAUGACAAUAUUCAUGCCAAAAGCUAUUACCCAAGGAGCAGAAGCAUUGGUUUCCAUAAAAAGGCUUCAGGAUUUCUUAAAUUCAGCUGAAACUGAAGCUCCCACUCUAUCAAGAGAAGAUAAAGAGGCGAUUGUUGUCGAACAAGAUGAAAUAUCAGAAGUGGCUGUCGAGCGCAAGCCACAGUUUGCCGUAUCCAUCAUGGACGGAGUUGCCAAGUGGACUACAAGCCAACUUGAGAACUCUCUUGUCAAUGUGAAUCUCAACGUUCGGAGUGGACAACUAGUGGCCGUCAUCGGUUCCGUUGGUUGCGGCAAGACUUCACUUCUGCAAGUUAUCCUAAGAGAGUUGCCUUUGUCCUCUGGAAGUAUUCAUGUGUCAGGGAAACUCUCGUACGCCAGUCAAGAGCCUUGGCUGUUCGCUGGGAGUGUCCGGCAGAACAUUUUAUUCGGAGCUCCUUACGACAAGCAGCGAUACCAGAAAGUGGUGGAAGUGUGCGCGUUGUGGCAAGACUUCAAACAGCUAUUCGCUGGAGAUAAGACCAUCGUAGGAGAUCGAGGAGUGUCCCUCAGUGGUGGACAGAAAGCUAGAAUCAACCUUGCAAGAGCUGUGUACAAGCAAGCAGAUAUUUACCUAUUGGAUGACCCUUUGUCAGCUGUGGACCCCAGAGUGGGGAAACACAUUUUCCAAGAGUGCAUAAAAGGUUUUCUGAAGACCAAAACGGUGUUGUUGGUGACCCACCAGCUACAACAUUUGGAUGGAAUGCAGCAUAUUGUCCUUAUGCAAGGGGGUCGUGUAGUUGACAAGGGUACUUUCAGGGAGCUUCAGGCUUCAGGCCAACAAUUCUCCAAACUGCUGCUGUCGUCAAUUGCGCAAGAAGCCAAACUGUCACUGACCCCAGAGGAGCCUCGGAUCUCACGGACUCGUCUGACCUCACACCAGAGUAUUUGCUCGUCAGUCGAUGGCAUUGACAAUGAGGACAAGGGGUCAGUUGAGAGCUAUGCCACGGGGAGGAUCCGUUCGUAUGUUUUCACCGAGUACUUCUCUGCCGCGGGAAACAUGUGUCGUGUUGUGCUCAUGCUUCUUCUCUGUCUUAUGACUCAGUUGCUGGCCAACGGAGGCGAUUAUUGGGUGACGCACUGGGUGAACCUAGAGGAGUACGCCUAUCCACGCCAGAGUGUUACUACCACAAACACUACCACUGUGGCUCCCCACUUUCUGUUCUACACUCCAAGAGAUGUCUGCGUCACGGUGUUUGCGAUAUUAACUGUAGCAAUGUUUGUUGUUACCUUACUGCGAUCGUACUUGUUCUUCUUCUUGUGCAUGCGUUCCUCAAUGAAGCUGCACAUUCAAAUGGUCAACUCUGUCACUAGAGCGACAAUGCACUUCUUUCACAAUACAUCAUCUGGAAGAAUAUUAAAUAGAUUUUCCAAGGACAUUGGAAAUAUAGAUGAAAGCCUUCCAAAUGCUCUCAUUGAGUGUAUCCAGAGAUCACUGACACUGCUAGGGGUUAUUCUGGUGGUAGCAGUUGUGAAUCCGUGGGUUCUCCUGCCCACAGCGAUCAUUGCGUUUCUGCUCUACCUGCUUCGCAAGAUGUAUCUUUCUACGUCACGGGCUGUCAAAAGACUAGAGAGUGUUGCUCGGAGUCCGGUUUUUGCUCAUUUGAACGCAUCUUUACAAGGAUUAACCACCAUCCGAGCAUUUGGGGCUCAGCACAUACUUACUCAGGAAUAUGACUACCAUCAGGACGUCCACUCGUCUGCUUGGUUCAUGUUCCUUUCGUCCAGUCGGGCGUUUGGCAUGUGGUUAGACAUGGUAUGCCUGCUGUACAUUAUUGUUGUGGUGUUCGGUUUUCUGCUGUUGAACCUGAAUGUGUUUGGAGGAGUCGUCGGCUUGUCCAUCACCCAGGCGAUGGGUCUAACAGGAAUGUUGCAGUUCAGCAUGAGGCAGUCAGCAGAACUGGAGAACAUCAUGACCAGUGUAGAGAGAGUUCUGGAGUACUGGAGGCUGGACUGUGAAUCGACAAUGGAUCGUACUGAGGACAAUAAACUAUGUGAGAUGUGGCCAGGAAAAGGAAUGAUUGAAUUUCACGAUGUCUCCUUGAGUUACUCACUGCAGUUGCCAAGGGUGCUCAAGAACAUUUCUCUUGUCAUAAAACCAAAAGAAAAGAUUGGUAUUGUAGGACGGACUGGAGCAGGCAAGUCAUCCCUCAUCUCAGCAUUGUUUCGUCUUCACGACAUCGAGGGCAAGAUCCUGAUAGAUGGAGUAGACACACAGACUAUCAGUCUUCAAACUUUGCGUUCUAGCAUUUCCAUCAUUCCGCAAGAGCCAGUGUUGUUCUCUGGUGGUUUGCGAUCCAACUUAGAUCCAUUCAACCAAUUCAGUGAUGAACAGCUCUGGAAUGCACUUAGUGAGGUAGAGCUGAAAGAUACAGUAAAGGACUUGGAGGGAGGGCUGGACUGGCAACUGGCAGAAGGAGGAAGCAACUUCAGUGUGGGUCAGAGACAACUUUUGUGUCUAGCAAGAGCAGUAUUGCGCAACAAUCACAUCUUAAUAUUGGACGAGGCAACUGCAAACGUUGACCCUCAGACAGAUGCGUUGAUCCAGAGCACAAUAAGGCGCAAGUUUGCCGACUGCACUGUCCUCACCAUUGCUCAUCGUCUUCACACUGUGAUGGAUUCCCAUAGACUCAUGGUGCUUGACUCGGGGGUCCUCGUGGAGUUUGACCACCCAUGGAAGUUGCUCCACAACCAAGAUGGCUUCUUGUACAGGUUGGUGAGGGAGUCUGGCCGAGGAGCUGCUCAAAUGCUACAUUCUAUCGCAUCUCAGAACUACCAGCAAUUGAAAAAAGACCAAAACUUAGAAGUUUCUGAAGUUGAUCCUAACAGAGGAGCAAAUUAACUUUGUUAUGACAGUUAUAGCUCAACUUCCAAGACUAAGGAUCUCAAAGGAGGACCUAGAUAAUAAUGUUAAAGGGAUGCAUUUAUUAAUACACUCAAGAAGUAUCUACCUUCUAUUGGGUCGUUAUCGGCACAAACUGGACAUUUUUCAUUCUUGCAGUUGGCAAGUUAAUUCAGUUCUUACUGUAAGUAAAAUGUUCUCAACAAUUUAUUGAAACUAACCGUCGAUAAUUACCAAGAUAAAAAGAAUAAUGCUUGUUUGUACAUUUUAUUGAUAGUAGUUUGUG